AAUAAGAAGCAUUUCAAUUACGCCCCAAAACCUCCCGGAGAAUCCGUCGGAAUUGGGUCAAUAGGAUACUAUACUUUACAGAAAUAGACAAAACAACUAAUAACGUACCAUUGUAGGUACAUACCAAUUUUCGGAUCUCAAAUCGCCAGAAAUUUGCAUUCUACAGCUCUUAAAAAUCACCUCUCAUGAAAUCUGGAGAAGUUUCGCAGCCGGCUUUGAAAACUGCUCUAGACACCCAUACUUAAAUACACAAUCUCCAACCACUACCUCCACAAAAGCCUUCAAAACACCUAAACUUCGAGAUGUGUAUAUCCUACCUCUCUGAGACCAAAACCAUGUGCCCAUACACCAACAACUCCUCAUGCUGUCUCCAUGUCCAUCUCCCCCUUUGCGAGAUGGACCAACGGCUUUGCCACCACACGACUGGCUGCUCGCACUAUCCCAAUUUAAUCCUUGGAGCCAAAACCCCCAAGUUCACGUUGUCUUCAUCGAACUCGGCGGAGGAACUUCGCCCCGGAGCCGUACUGGCCUCACCCACGGCGCCACUGUCCAUUCCAAACGGUGGCUCGCAUACCUCGAGCGAGACAUCGGCCAUAGAUAACACGAUUAUUCCCAGCCCCCCGGCUCAGCUCCAAAAACUUCGACCCACAAGCGUGAUACCGGGUGAAAACACAGAUAUCCUGCCCAGAUCACAGGCGAUACCACCGCCAACCACCCAGUCUACCACCGAUUCCCAAAUUAAAGGCGUGACACAUCACCAACCUGUGGCGUCCAGCCGUACUUCUCACAGCCCAUCGCCACGCGUUGGUACGGCCAGCGUUGGCCACCAGCACCAUGGUGCCGCGAAUGUCAGCGACUCCGACAGCCACAACGACAACGAUAAUGACAGUGAAAAUGGGAUAAAUGACGGUAAUAGCAGCAACGACGAAAACGCCAUUAACGAUAACGAAGCCGAUCCCGAGGCCACAAAUCCCAUCAACUUUCUCCAGUUCAAGAAGAAAAACGUCAAGCCACGCACCCAGUCGUUCCAAUCGGUACUUUCCACUGCUUCCCUCAAGUCGUUAACCCAACCCCCAAUCCACCGCAAUAGCAGUAUAAUCUCGUCCAUUUCCAACGUCCAUAACAACAAAAACUUCCAGUCGUACAUCCAGGCCCCCGUGCUUUCGUCUAUAUCCAACCCACGUAAGGACGAAAUUGAAAUCGGUAGACAGUUGCCAUUUGAUCAUAAAAGCCACCAGGAAGAUCAGCAGCAAGAACUGAACGACAACGAUACGUACGAGGACCCUCUUAUACAGCAGCAGCAGCUCACUCUUAACGCUUUGAAGAAGUUGAGCUUAUCGCCUUUGCCUCGCAUUGAUAACGACAACUUCGACGAAACCACAGAUACAAGAGCCCGCAAGUCGGAGCCAUACCAACCAGCUGCCGUCGACCUCUCCACGUUUGCCAGCUUGACUCGUCAACCAAACGUCAACCAAAGAAGGUUAUCUGGUGCAUCCGAAAUGGCCGAUUCUUUGAAACCGUUGAGCACUUCGACUUCGGUUCCAAAUAGUGCAGGUUCUACAGGCUCACAAGUGCUGAUUCAAAGCCCGCUUCAGCAGCUUCAAACGGUUCAACGUCUGAGUACAAACGGUGAUAUCAGCAACCAGCUGUACCCCAAUAAAACAAAAAACACUCUUUUGAACGAUUUGACCCAAAGAAGACGAUCUCAAAACCUGCCCAUGACCUUGGUCAACCGGAUUCCGUCGCCUAGAAGUAUUGGGGCUUCCCAGGGCUUGCCUCAAGUCAAUAAUACUCCAUCGAAUCCACCUAUUCAACAGACCACUCAACACCCAAACCCACCACCAGCUAAUGCCGUGUCGUACUUCCCGGUCCCACAGGUCCACUCGCCUGCUCCGUCUGGUCCUCCCAUCAAGCAGAAACACCUCCAACAUAUUAAAGGAUUGCGGUCGCCCAUGUACGUUCCAGCCGUGCUCCGCAAGACCAUCGACGAAGAAUCUGGAGAACCCUCGACUGCCAUCUCCGCCACGUCUCUGACCAACAACGAUUCGUCGGCCGCGUCCAUGCGGUCGGUGGACUCGACCUUGUCGGUGGACUCGCGGUCGUCUUCGCCGGUGCUAUCACCAUCAUCGACCUCCACCAUCAAGAACUUCAAGAGCUACGAGCACUUCCUACGUCAACCUCCUAGCCGCAAACACUGGCUCAAGGAUGAAACCGUCUACAAGUGUGGGAUCACCCAAUGCCCAAGAGAGUUCAACUUUUUUGAGAGAAGACACCAUUGCCGCAAAUGCGGAGCCAUCUUUUGCAAAGAACACACGUCCCACUUUUUGUACAUCAACCACCUAGCACAGUUUACCACCGGGGGCCGGGGCACGCUCUCUCGUGUGUGUGACGGGUGUAUUGGUGAGUACAAUGAGUUCAUGAAGAGCCAAUUUGGGGUUAACCUCUACAAAAACGGGGACACCACGCCACGGACCAGCGUCGGCAACGAGCUGUGGGCUCCCGAGCGAAACGCGGCCCAGCCCAAGCAGUUCUACGAAAGGCAGUCGUUCACAGCCACCGAUAUUCCCACCCUGGCACUAAAUAAAGACCUUAAGGAUGGUCGGUCUGAGACGAUUGUGGGCAGUGUGCCCGCCAAUUGGAGUUGGAGCUCAUUCUAAUAUCUCAAGGUUGGGUGUUCCACCGAAAUGAAUGCUCUGUUUGGAGUAGUUUGUCUCAUUGCAUAGUCUAUAAUAAUAUAAUAAUAACGGGUCGCACACUUUUC